AUGAAGCUCCGCCGCGCACCACGAAUCUUCCACAAGAUUCGGAAGCUAACUGAUAGGCUUACCAACAGAGUCCGUGGACGUGACGAUGUCGAACGUAAACUGAUGGAAACGAAGCAAACUAUGCUGCCGAGAUUGAUGAUUGCAAAGAUUUCUGCCCACACUGACGACGGCACCCCUCGAACCGGAUCUGAAAGUGCACCCGAAUCCCAUCUCGAAGAGAACCUGGCACAUGAACAUGGCGCCUUGGUCUCCCUUGAAUCUUCCGCUUCGGAAAUCGGUCCUGCUUCGAUUGUUGCGAUUGCCAAUCAAUCUUUAAGCUCACAAGACCAGGCUCUGUCAUUGACCGAGAAUGUUCCUUCUGAAAUUGAAGAGGUUGAGGGAGCGUCGUCUAGUAUUUCUCUGGUGUCAGUGAGAAAGCGACCCUACGAAGAAGCAAAUGGCUUGGCAGUCCAUCCAGAUUUGGUCAUCAAGCGAGCAAAACAUUCGAUUGUACACAACUACGCGGCAGUCUUGCGCCUCAUGAAGGACAUGUAUUUGAAUGUGAGAGACAUCAUCUGUGACCAAGGGCCUGAAAUUGAUCGAGUUACAUCGAUGGAGAUUAAAUACGCUCAAGUGCUUAGCGAAAUGAGGAGCAUGUUUUCACAAGUUGAACAUUACUUUCAGGAACUUCUCUUGGAUGAAAAGGAUACUGUCAUGUAUGAAGCGGGUCAUAUCUGA